AUGGAUUCAAAUAUUGAUAAAGAAAAGCCUUCGACAAUGUCCGAACAAAAUGAUGAUGGUGAGGAUACAUCAAUAAUACCUGAUACACAAAUAAAUCCUUUGACAAUAAUGACAUCAGUACCACCAUUUCAAUCUAUUGAUGAUGAUCAACAAAAUACUCUUGAAUCAAUAAAUCCUAAUCUACUAGAAGCUCAAUCAUUAGAAGAUGUUUCAUCAAUACCAUUAAAUAUUGAUGUAUCAUCAUUAAAUAAUUUUGUAUCAUCAUUAAAUACAACUGAUCAACAAAAAUCUUCAUAUGUUCCUCUCGAUAAUCGAUCAAUAGCUGCUUGGGUUCAAUCAACAACAACAGAAUCAAUAUCAGCAAUACUUGAACGAUCACCAUCACUUCCAUCAACAUUACUUGAACCAAUUAUAACACGUAGUCGUGGAAAUUCAACUGUAUCAACAAUAUGUGAUCGACAACAAUCAAUUAAUUCUGAUACAAUGACUCCACAUCAAGUUUCAUUUUCAAAUGAUAUACAACGUAGUUUAUCAAUGCCAAUAAAUGAUCAACAUUAUCAGAAUGAUAAUGAAUUAAUUAUUUUAACGAAUGAAGAAGAAACAGAAGAUAUGUCAACGAAAUUUCUUCCUGUACCUGAUUCAGAAGAUUCUGAAGUUGAUAAAAAAUUACAAAAUGUAUCAGCAGAAGAAGAAGAAGAGGAAGAAGAAGAAAAACAAAUUAAAUUUCAGAAUCAAUCACUAACUACUCAAGAAAGUCAAAAAAAAACACCUAAUGUUUCUUUUCAUGCAACUGUUUCAUUUGAAACGAAUCGUAAACCAUUAGUAUCACAUCGACGACGACAUAUUUCAUGGAAUACAAAUAAACCUAGAACACCUUCGUUUCAACGUUCACAAUCAUAUAUAACAACUCUACAACCACCAUCAUUACAUGCUCAAAUUCUUCGUAAACAAUUUAGAAUGUCUCUUUCAAUGCCUACUGGUGCUUAUCCUUCGUUUGAUGAUACAACAAGACAAUCAUCAUGUAUAUCUGAUAAUGUUUUUCUUUCACCAUCUAAUACACAUACAUCUUCAUCACAAAGUCAUUCACAUUAUUCUCAUAAUAUGAAUUUUGUAGCUCUUCCAUCAUCGAAUUCUAAUCCUUCAUCGGAUCAAAGUGGUAUUGAAUCAACAAAUUUAGAUACACAUUCAUCUGAUCAACCUCGAACAAUAAGUACAAAUGAGGAUGAAACAACUAAUGAAAAGCCUAUACAUCAUCAACAACGACGAAUUCGUUCAGCAUCAUCAACAUCAGCUGAAACACCUAGUACAAAAAGUUUAUCAUCAUCAAGUGAUAAUGAAAUGAAUUAUUUUAAUAAGAAAAUUGAAGCUUUACAAAUUGAUAAGGAUACAAAAAAAGGACAUCGUGAUAGAAAACGAGAUAUUUUAAAACAAUUAAUGUGGUUACUUGAAAAAAGACCAACAAUUAAUUAUCAAUCUACUUCUGGACAUCGAAAAUCAUUUAGUCCUUCAAAACAACAACAACAACAACCACAACAACAUCAAAAAUCAACAACAAAUCCAUUUAUUGAAUUUUGUUCAUCAUUUCAUUCGAAUAAUGUACUUAAUCCUGUAUCACGUAAUGAACCAGAUAACACAUUAAAGACUUCUACACAUGCUUAUUCAAGUUCAAAUGAGCAUUCCAAUAUAUGUCCUUCACAAUUACCAAAUAUUGAUCCAAUGACUCAGAGUUAUUCAUCUGUACGUAGUGCUCAUUCAGAUUCAAGUGCAACACCUUCAUUAAUAAAUACAAAAUCUUUAACAAAAAAUUUAUCAAAUGUCACAACAGCACUUCCAUCUACAGUUCAUGGUCAUCGAAAACGUAUAUCUCAUCGUCGUAAUCUUAGUGGAUUUGCAGCUGCUACACGUGAUCGUAGAAAUUCAUGUAGUAAAAUAGAACAACAAACAAUUUUACAAUCAUCACAAAAUGAACAAGAACAACAAUCACCAUUAAAUCGUAAUAUAGAAGCUAUACUUGAUGAACAUUUGAUAAUGAUUAAUGAAUUAAUUUCAAGUUAUUCAUAUAAUACUAAUUUACAAUAUUCAUCACAAAAUUCAUCUAUUCGUGAUUAUCUUUAUACACGUUUACAUGAAUUAUCACUAAAAAAUCCCAUGACUCAACGAUGUUCAAGAGUUGAAAUAAAAACUUUUAUCGAUUUAAUAAGUAGUUUUCACAUGAAACGAUCACAGCAUUAUGGAUUUUUAAGUGAUACUGUUAAAGAUUUAUUAAUAUCAAAUAAUGAUGCAAUGCAUCUUCCAAAUAUAUAUGAUGAAAGUGAAGAUGAUAUAAUUAAAGAUGGUCAUAUAGCUAGUAAUGAAUCAUCAAAUACAUCAUCACCACCAUUCACUCGUUACACAAGUACUGAAUCAAAAUAUGAUGUUAAUGAUGAUGAUAUAUCAUAUAAAGAUCAUCCAUUACGUUUUUUUCGUACAUUAUCAAAAGAUUAUUUAACUGAUUGUGAACGAACAGAAAAGGAUUUAAAAGAAUUAUUUGAUUCAGCUGAUCAACAACAUAUACUUUAUUGUUUAAAACAUGUUGAUAGUGGUUAUACAAAUGAUACAUUAGCAAUAUUUCAUCGACAACUUGAUGCACUUUUUGUUUGGUAUAAUCUUUAUUAUGAAUUAACAAUAUCAGUUAAAAAAAUUAGUGGUCUUUUACGUUGUGAUGAUUGUGAAGAUUGGCCAAAAUUACGUUUUCGUUCUAUAACAACAAAUCGUGAACGAAAAGCUAAACGAGCAGUUACAACUGAUGCUGAUUAUUAUUCAUCAAGUGAUGAAUCUGAAUAUGAUGAUAAUGAUAAUGAUAAUGAUAAUGAUAAUGAUAAUGAUGAUGAAAUAAAUAUAACUGAAGAAAGUGAAAUAGAAAGCGAAUUAGGAAAUGGUGACGAAAGUGAUAUUCUACCAAAAACUCGUUGGCCUGAUGAACCACUUGAUUAUUUCUCUCGUCUUAAAAUUUCUGAUGAAUCAAAUCAAAAUGAAACAAGUCCUAAAAUCAAAAAAUUAAAUCGUAUUGGUUGUUAUCGAAAUUUUGUUUAUUAUAUGGAUAAACGUUCUUAUCAAGUUAAAUAUGAUGGUUUAGCAAGAACAUUAAUUGAACGUGUUGCACCAGUUCUUGUUAAAACUCGUCUUGCUUUAUUACAAGCAAAUGAUCGACGUAAAUUAAAAAUUGAACAAGUUUUUGCUGGUUUAUCAUUACAUGAUUGUCAAUCAUCAAAUAUAAAUAAAUUUGUAUCUAAUAUAAAUACAAAUAAUGAUGAUAUUGAAGAUAAACUUGUUGAUACAGAUAAUCCUGUUGAUAAUGACUCAACAAUAAAUUUAAAUAUUGGUGAAAUUACUAUUGAAAAAUGGCUUUUUCAUAUAUUAAAAUCAUGUUCAACACUUAAAACAAUAAGUUCAUAUACAGAAGAUAUUUUAAAACAAAAUUGGCUUGAAUUACAUCAACAAUUAGGUUUACCAUCAUUAUUACCAUUAUAUUUUUUUAUUAUUAAUGUUUUACUUGAUGUUAUGAAUGAAUGUUUAAUACUUUAUAAUAAACCUUAUAUGAAUAAUGAUACAAUUGAAAUAGAUUCUCUUUGUCGACAACAACUUGUUCGUGAAGCAAAACUUGUUUUAAGAGAUACAUUAGCUACUCGUUUAUAUAGUGUACGUAUGAUGGAACAAUUUAUUUCUCAUCGUCAAAUUGUUUGUGAACUUACAGAAUUCGAUGAAAAUACAGUUAAACUUUAUACGCAUUAUAAACAAUUUUUAAGUACAGUUUGUAUUAAUCGAUCAUUUGGUACACUUGAUGAUGAUACAAUGAUUAUGAAUAAUGAUACAAAUACUGAUUUAUAUUAUUAUGUUGAUGAAGAAACAUCAGAAUUAAUUAAAGAAUAUUAUUUUGCUCGAGAUUUAACAGUAACAUUAGAAAAUCGUACAGAAAUUCGUGAUUUAUGUAUUGAUUUUAGUACAUUAACACAACGAAUAUUAGCACAAUUGAAAGAAGAAUUAAAUGGUAAAACUGAAAAAUAUUAUCAAGCAUUUGCUAUUGAUAUGAAUGAUAAAUCGAAUAUUAGUGAUGGAACUUAUUCAACUGACUUCAUUUUUGAAAUAACCAGAACACCUUCGUUUGUUACAUCAAAUAGUGUUCCAUCUGAUUUAUAUCGUAGUGAAAUAUCAUCAUGUGAUUCAUCAGCAUCAUUUUCUGAUCAAAAGAAAAAUGAUAUUAUUUCUAGUACACGUGAAUUUCGUCGAGAUUUUGAUACAAUUAAACAACGUGGAACACGUGUUUGUCAAUUAGCUAAAACACUCAUUGUUGAUUUUGCAAUAGCAGCUGAAUUUAAAUGUGUAAAUUAUCAUGAUUUCUGGCAACAACUUCUAAAAUGUUCUUAUACUCAAGUUAAAAUUCAUUUGAAUAGAAGUAAUGCAGAUGAUUUUGAUAAUUUUUAUGUAUUUGUUCCACCUUGGUUAUCAACAGAUAAAGAUCAAGUUGAAAUAUUAUUAAGUAUUAUAUGUUCUCAAAAAAUAUUAUCAGAUGAAAUAAAUAAAACAACGAAAGAAACAUUUCCAUCCUAUAUGAUUUUUUUACCAAAGAAAAAUUUUUGUCGACAAAAUUUUCAAUGGACUAAAGAUAUUUUACUUAUUCAACCAAGUGAAAGUACAAAAUUAGCAUUAAAUUCUAUUGAAAUUUGUUCAUUACAUUUGGUUGUUAAUCGUUCUGAUCAUUGGCAAAAUGCUGUUAAUUUAUUUCGUUCACAUGUUGGAUUAACUAAUAUUCAAUUAAUUAGAAAAUUACCACGUGAUGAAGAUAUUCGUUUAACAUUUGAUCAAUUACCUGAACAUAUUGAAAAAUUAAGUACAACAUUAACUGAUCUCGUACGUAAAUUAAAUACAAUUUGGGAUCAAGAUUCAACAAAAAUUUAUCUUACAGAAAUUGUUAAAUUUGAUGAACGUAUAAUUGAAUCAAAAUUAGUUGAUCUUGUUUUAUAUAUUUAUAAUUCUGGUUUUGAUCUUUUUCGUAUUUUAUGUGAACUUAUAUUAACAAUAUCAACAGAAAAAGAUGAAAUAUUUGAAAAAUUUGUUAGUACAAUGAAUGAAUUUUUUUGUGAAUGGUGUAAAUGUGUUACAAAAAAAUUUAAAUAUACAUCAUUACAACAAACACGAUCAACUAGAAAUAAAGUCUUCCGACCAAGAUGGAUUUCACCAGGAAUUUUUUUUCUACGUUUUUUAGCACAAUCAAAUCAUUUAGAAUUACUUUCAGAUGAUGAUUAUAAAAAAUUAACUAAAGAAAUGCCAGCUGCUUUUGAUGUUUUAUAUGGAAAUGUAAAAGUUAAUUAUGAUUCAAUAACAACAAAAGGUCGUUCAAAUAGUUUUUCAUCAACAUCAUCAAAUUUAAGUCGAUCACGUAAUUCUUCACAUACAAGUGGACAUCGAAGAAAUGAAAGUGGUAGUCGUUAUCAUGAUUUAAUGUCAUCAACAUUUACAACACCUCGUGAACGUAUUAUACAAAAAAUAAAAAAUCUUGAAAAUGAUUUAGAAAAAAAAUUUCGUGAACGUAAACAAAUUGGUCAUAUAUAUAAUAAUACAACAACAAUAAAUGGUAUUGUUCCUGAUCCUGUUAUAUCAUUAAAAAUGCGUAAUAUUGAUUUUCCAUGGCGUCGUGGUACACGUAUUGGACAAGGUGGUGCUGGUGUUGCAUUUCGUGCAAUAAAUUGUUCAAAUGGUUCAAUUGUAUGUAUGAAAGAAAUACAAUUAUCAUCAAUAACAUCACGUUCAUUACCAAAUACAUAUCCAGGAAAACUUCGACGUAUAGCAGAAGAAAUUGAUAUGAUUAUGUCAAUUAAUCAUCCAAAUAUUGUACGAUAUUUUGGUAUUGAAAAAUAUAAAAGAACAAUUUAUAUUUGUAUGGAAUAUUGUUUAUCAACAGUAAAUGAAUUUCUUAAUGAUAUUCGUUCAUUUCAAAAACGUGCACAUACAAAAAGAAAAAAUACUAUUCUAUGGAAUGAUUCAAGUGAUCAAGAUGAUGAUUUAAAUACAAAUAAUAUUCGUUUAAAUUCUUUACUUGAUGUUAAUGAACAUGUUCGAGGAUUUGUUAAACAACUUUUACAAGCUUUAAUGGCUUUACAUGAACAUUUUAUUGUACAUUGUGAUGUUAAAGGUGAUAAUAUAUUUAUUGCUAAUGAAAAUGGAAAUUAUAUUGUUAAAUUAGGUGAUUUUAAUUUAUCACAUCGACUUGAACUUGAAUCACCAUCAUCAGAUGCUAGUAAUUCACGUAGUACACAAAAAGGAACUAUAUAUUUUAAACCGCCGGAACCAGAAUAUGUUCAUAAAUCUGAUAUAUGGGCACUUGGUUGUACUAUAAUAGAAAUGUUAACUGGCAAAUUACCAUGGACAAAUGUAACACGUCCACCUGAAGAUCAAAUCUAUAUACAAAAUCAAUUAUUAGCAAAAAAAGGUCCACCAAUUCCAGAUGAAUUAAAAAAUCAAAAACAAGCAUAUGAAUUUAUUGAAUUAUGUUUAAAAUCUGAUCUUGAAGAACGUCGAUCAGCUCGAGAUUUACUUAAUCAUCCAUAUCCUCGUGUUCGAACAGAUUCUUAA